AUUCCGAACGCUCCCUCGAAAAACAAUGGAGGCAUCGAAUCCCUUACAAUGACUACGUCUAAAUACUUGGAUCAGUUUAACCCUGCAAAACCCACAUUCAAUUCAUUCUUCAGAUCCACCCUACCAAAACCUCGGCUUUCACAAACCAUAUUACAGCCUGCUCCGAGGCGGUACAAUCAUUUCAUAGCUGUCAGCAUGGCAUCCGACAUGGGAAACACUGAUGAUGUGUUAGUCCAAUAUGUGGUGAUGAGAAGGGAUCUGAUUGACAGCUGGCCAAUGGGUAGUGUCAUCACUCAGGGUUGCCAUGCUUCUGUUGCUGCUGUUUGGAUGAAUAGGGAGGAUCAUUAUACCACCAAGUACUGUGGGGAUGAUAAUCUGGACAAAAUGCACAAGGUCACUCUCGAAGUAAAAGGGGAAGCUCAGCUUGUCAACUUGUCAGAGAAGCUUAAAGGAGCUGAGAUUGGUCACAAACUAUGGAUUGAACAACCAGAAAAUAUACCUACUUGUUUGGCAACUAAACCUUAUCCAAAAACUCUAGUUGCUCCUUUUUUCAAGAAGUUGAAGCUUUGUAAGUGAAAUGAACAUUCAUUUUGUGUAUGGUUUGUUGCAAUACCCCACAGAAUGUUGAGCUCAAAUCCUCUUCAAUUUAUCACUUAAAAUUCAUUCUUUGUGGUCAAUCAUUUA